GUGCAUGUGCUGCGCGCGCCGGUUCAAGCUGUCGCGGCGAAGGCACCACUGCCGCGUGUGCGGCGAGGUCUGCUGCGCCCGCUGCGCGCCCAAGCGCCUCGACGCCUCCACCGGCCGCUCCCAGCGCACCUGCGAGCGGUGCGUCGCGCGCGGACCGCCUCGCGUCAAUCUCAGCCUCGCCCGGCAGCAGCCGCCGCCGUCGGCGCACUCCUCCCCGCUCUCGGCGUCGGCGUCGGGGCCGUCAACGCCGUCCACCUCUCCAAGCCCCUUCGCGGGCGGCGGCGGCGGCUUGACGCCCCCCGUCGCUGACUCCCACGGCCCCGGCGGUGGCGGCGGCGGCGGCGGCAUGUCUCACGCGGCUCUGCUCGAGGUGUACAUUGAGGACGCGCUACAUCGGCUGGCGCUGUGCUGGUACGGCCUCCGCGCCGCCUCGAUCGGCCUCACCCUCCUCCUCCUCGCCACCGCCUUUGUCCACGCCGCCGGCUGGCGCGGCCGCGCCGCCGUCGCCGCCACCGCCGCCGGCUUGGUGCCGCUGCGCCCGUUUGUGCUGCGGUACUACCGCAUCGUGUGGCUGUGCGCGGUGGUGUCGUGGCGCGUGGGGUGCGCGUCGCUCGCCGUGCGCGGGCGCAGCGCCGCCGCGGCCGACGCCCUCUGGGAGAUGACCCACCGCGUCAACGCUCGCUUCGUGUACGACACGGUCGCGUCGCUCGGCGGCUUUUGGGUCAAGCUGGCGCAGGCCACCUCCGUCUCGUCGGCGCUGCCCGAGGUGUACAAGCUCGAGCUCGCGCAGCUGCAGGACGCGAUGCCCGCCGACGACUUGCCCUCCGUGCACCGGCUGCUCGAGGCGGAGCUUGGGCCGGAGUGGCGCUCGUCGGUCAAGCUGUACGACGGCCCGCCGCUCGGCUCUGCCACCAUCGCGCAGGUGCACCGCGCGCGGCUGCGCGUGGUGCGCGAGGGCGGGCGGGUGGAGGAGGUUGAGGGAGUGGUCAAGGUGCAGCACCGGCAUGUGGAGCGCUCGCUGCUGAUCGACAUCGGCGCGUCGCAGAUCGUGGCGCUGCUCGCGUCGUUUGCUUUCCCGCACCUGUUCCAGGACAUGCGAGUCGUCGUCAAGGACUUGUCUGUCCUGACGCGCGCGGAGCUCGACUUUCGGAUCGAAGCGCAGAGCCAGGCGACCGCGCGCGAGCUGCUCGCCGCGUCGGAGCUGGGCGGUGCCGUCUUUGUGCCCGAGGUAUUCCCCGCGCUGGCGACGAGGCGCGUGCUCGGCAUGGAGUACGUGGAGGGCGAGAACAUCAAGGAGGUGCGCCGCCGCGGCGCGAGCGAGCUCGAGGUGACGCGGAUCGUGACGGCGCUCGUCGACGCCUUCUCGCUGACCAUGCACGGCGAGAUCUUCAACUGCGACCCCCACCCAGGCAACCUCCUCGUCGAGACAGCCACGGGGCGGCUCGCCGUGCUGGACUGGGGGCAGGCGCGCCGCCUCUCGCCGGCGGAGCGAACCGCGUACACGCGCCUCUUCAUGGCGGUGGCGAUGGAGGACACGCUGCUGAUGCGCGAGGCGUGCGCCGACCUCGG